UCUCCUUCCCGGCCGCCGUAGUUUAAAAAAAAAAAACAAAAAAAAAAACAAAAAACGGUUACCCAGCAACGAGAUAAAACAACUGGAACCAUCCGCACCAGCUUGAAGAGAAAGAAGAGGUACCAUAGGCAAUUCUUUCCAAGGAGAUGUCGAUUCCUUUCUCCAACACCCACUACCGAAUUCCACAAGGAUUUGGAAAUCUUCUUGAAGGGCUGACACGGGAGAUUCUGAGGGAGCAACCGGAGAAUAUACCAGCUUUUGCCGCAGCGUAUUUUGAAAACCUUCUAGAAAAAAGAGAGAAAACCAACUUUGAUCCAGCAGAAUGGGGGGCUAAGCUAGAGGACCGCUUCUAUAACAACCACGCAUUCAAGGACCAAGAACAAACUGAGAAAUGUGAAGAAGAAAUGGCAAAAUCAUCUGCUAAUGAAGAAACACCAGUUACAACCUUUGAGGAGUUAACUGAGGAAGAAAGAGAAAAGGAGGAGUUUGCUGCUCUCAAAAUCCAAUCCGUCUUCCGGGGACAUGUGGCCAGAGAAGAGGUAAAGAAAAUGAAGUCAGAUAAAAGUGAACAAGAGAAAGGAGAGGAAGCCAAAUGAGGCUACUGGCUUUACCCCCCACCCUAGAAAACAUGAAAAAGUAAUCCAAAUCCAUCAAUGUUGUGAUUGUCAUUUUUUCCUCAGUAAGGGAGAUUUGAUGUAAUGGAAUAGCAUUUGUUGCUGUUGUGAAAAUCUGUCAUUAGCAUUUGUUUAGUAAACAUGGAAUUGAAACACACCCCAUGAAGACUUCUCUGGGACCAGGAGGAUCAUCUCUACUUGUCCCCAGCCUACAUAUAAACCCCUUUGAAUUCAGCAUCUGAACAAUAGUGCCUGACACUUCAGACCUUGAGUUGCGAUCUGACUGUUAUGCCCAAAUUUGUGGGUCCCCACAAA